CCCAGGUCUGAUACAACAACGCGUGGCGGCGUGGCUGAUGUGAAUUGGCUGAUCUUGCAAGUCUGUUGCCCGUUCCACUUGGCCAGUCAGCGCAGGCAGCACAACCAAGUCCACACAUCAUGAAGUACGGCGAGAUCCUCGUGGUCCUGCCCACUGCCGUGGCCGCAAUCCACAACCCUCUGCCCGCAGCCCCGGAGCCACACCUGGCUGCGCGCCAACAAGCCACCAGAACGAGGACGACAAGCGGGCUCGACGAAUCCCAGGCCACCAGCUGCGUGUCCAUAUUCUGGGCCCGUGAAGCCCUGGCCUCGUCGCUCGAGGCAGAGCAGCCAGCGCCGCUCACGUCGUACUGGUCCGCGCUGUACCGGUCGGCUACGGACGAAUGCGGCAGCGUCGUUGCCGUACAAACAGCUCCGCCCAUGCCGGAUCCGCUCCUCUCGAUAUAUGCGGAUUGGGAGUCGAGUGCGAGGUCGGCCAUGUUUGAUAGCGAACCGCCGCUCGAGUGCGAUUCGGUGAUCAACGACAUUCUACUUUCGCGAAAGCAAAGCCGCUUUGCUGCCCAGCAGACGUGCUUGAAGGCAUACUCGUCGAGUGUUGCUGCUGUUGCCACCGCCGCCGCCACCACCGGCGCCGCCUCGAGCACCUCGGCUGCGACGACGACGACAUCGGCCGGGACGCCAGCCAACACGGGCGCAGCGGGCAGGAGUGGUGUUUCAGCCAGCCUUGCCUUAAGCGCCAUGGCUGUUUUCGGGUAUUUUGGACUGGUCUGAAUGUGAAGGAAGGGGCCAGUCCGCGCCGACAGCUUGGAGCUGAUCAGCUAGUCUUGCGAAGAAAAGUGCCGUGUUUCGACAUGCAAACCA